AUGACCGCAGCUAGCGGAGGAACAGGCUCCAGCCUGGCACGCGCAAUCAUCAUUGUCACAGGUGUCUCGGCCUUGGUUUCCUCGCUCUUGUCUUUUGUCAAAAACUACCGGAAACCCUUGCUUCAACGCUACGUGGUGCGCAUAUUGUUGAUGGUCCCGAUUUACGCAGUAUCAUCAUGGACGAGCAUCGUGUCGCUAACGGCAGCUCAAUUUCUGGAUCCUGUUCGUGACAUCUACGAGGCAUUCACCAUCUAUACCUUCUUCCAGCUCCUCAUCAAUUUCCUCGGUGGCGAGCGGGCCGUGAUUAUCAUGGCCCACGGCCGCCCUCCUAUCUCCCAUGCCUGGCCUCUCAAUCACUUCCUACCAAAGAUUGACGUCUCCGAUCCACAUACAUUUCUCGCUGUCAAACGUGGUAUCCUGCAGUAUGCUUGGUUGAAGCCCAUUCUAGCUCUUGCCUCCAUCAUAAUGAAGGCAACCGACACAUACCAGGAGGGCUAUAUUGGGCUAAGCUCUGGAUACCUCUGGACAGGGAUCAUAUAUAAUGUUAGCGUCACGAUCAGUCUCUACUCCUUGGCCAUGUUCUGGGUGUGUCUACAUGACGAUCUCACGCCAUUCCGCCCAAUCCCCAAAUUUCUCUGCAUCAAACUCAUUAUCUUUGCUUCAUACUGGCAAGGCUUCUUCCUGUCGAUCCUGCAGUGGCUAGGAGCACUUGGCAAUGUUGCUGGGUACACCCCUGACAACCUCGCGGCGGCCAUUCAGGACAGUCUUAUUUGUUUUGAGAUGCCAUUUUUCGCUAUGGCUCACUGGUAUGCAUUUUCGUGGCAUGACUAUGCGGACCCGACCAUUUCAGCUGCACGCAUGCCCGUAAAAUACGCGCUGCGCGACGCGUUUGGCGUGCGAGAUUUGAUUGAAGACACCAAGCUCACUAUUCGCGGUAAGAAUUACGGAUACCGACUCUUUGACUCCGGUGAUAAUAUCAUCCCUCAUGAGGAGUCCGAGUCGCGGGUCAAGCGAGUAAUGGACGGCAUGAGCCAACAGCCGCACCCCCUACUGAGUGGCGAGCCCAGUGAGAGCGGCCCCAGAAGUAAACGGCCCAGUCAAACCUCGAGAGAGCGAUUCCGAUCUUAUAGCGAAAUCGAUGAAACCGCAAUGGACGAUGAGGAUGAGCGACUAUUUCUCAAUGCUCGCGCACUGGAAUUUGGAGAUUGGAAUUACCCGGUGAUUACCGCCAACGAGGUGCCAAGGGAUCAACGGUUGUUACCCUCGCGAAGAAAUCAAGAUUCAAACCGAGGGGCAGAUGUCAAAAAGGCCCGUAGGCACAGGAAGAGUCGCACGUCAGAAAGUGAGAGCCGGCAAAGUCCCAAGUCGAAGUCCAAUAAGCCUGGCCCGAGCUCGGCGACUCCCGGUCCCUUGCAGCGAAACGUCAGCUCCACUGGCUCCAGCGGUACGCAGCGCAGCCAGCUGGUUGACCUUGUUGUGGAGAACACAGAGGCUGAAGAAGAAGAUCGAGCUCAAAUACAGAGAGAAUACGGGUCUGCCUGGGCAGAACCUGAACCUCGACGAUUCGCAAGACCCUCCGGAGAGCCAAUCGAAGAGGAGACUGAAGCCGAAUCAACACUGCCCGAGUCUAAUCAUGACGAAGAUCGGCCUAAAUGGGCCUACGACGACUUAGAGCAGGACAAUGUAUGGGGCAAGUAG